AUGUCCGUUAUUCCUAAGGGCCUCCCAACAGUAAAUACCAUUAGUAAACACAGCAUCACUCUUGUCCAAUGCAAUCUAGGACGGGGAAAUAAUGCCUUUCAAGAACUAGUACAAUGUGCUAGAGACAAAGAGUAUGACAUCAUUUGCAUAACCGAACCUUUCAUCAGUAAGAAUAAAACAUCAGUUAAGGACAUUGACGGCUAUGAUCUGUACCAACACAGUGAUGUCAAUUAUAGAAAUAAAGCAUGCAUUGCUGUAAGGAAGAAGCUUGGAAAUUAUAUCGGGCUAACUCAAUUUGAUACCACCAACUUCAUCGCUGCUGAAUUUACACUAAAUAGUAACAGGAAAUUACUGGUCUCCUCCGUCUACAUUGAGCCGGGUGAGGAUCCCUCACGCACGAUGAUGCACCUGGAGCAAUAUCUCCAACAGUUUGCCAAUAGGGAACACAUCGUGUGCGGGGAUUUUAACGGGUGGCACACCACAUGGGGAUCUGCAAGAAAUAAUGACCGGGGUAAAGAAAUACAUGACCUGGCUAUCAACUACGACUUGAUUAGCUGCAAUAUAGGCAAUGAACCCACGUUUGAAUCAGUAUCACACGGCCAAAUUAGGCACUCUAUAGUUGACCUCACCUUUGCUACUCCACGCACAGCAAACAAUAUUUUGGACUGGAAGGUUAACAAUGAAAUUAUUCCAUCUUCUGACCACCACGGAAUUGAAUUUAAAAUCAAAUCGGACAACAUGCGGACGAAUAGGAAAAAAUCUACAUCAACAUACAAAUACCAGACUGAUAGAACAAAUUGGGACAAUUUCAAAACUAAACUUAAACAAAAUAUUGAGGCUAGCACUAUACUUACGACUGACAUAGACGAACUUGACAAUAAUGGACUUGAUAAGUAUAUAAAAGACAUGACCAAUGCUAUUCUGAAAACCUGUGAUGCAACACUCACUCUUAAAAAACCAUAUCAAAAGAUUCCGUGGUGGACACAAGAACUGACAGAAAUGAAGAAAAAGGUUAUAUCGCUGCAUCACCGUUUACAAGACCUUAAACGGAGUAAAAAGGACAUCACCAACAUAUUAAAAGAACUUCAUGAUGCAAGAGCAGAAUACUCCAGCAAAAUAAGAACAACUUCGACAGAACAUUUCAGAGAUUUCUGCAGCCGCCAAGGAAAGGAUGAUGUCUGGUCUGUGACGAAUCGCCUUUUGAAGAGCACACCGCAGCCGCAACCACCUGCAACAUUAAAAACAGGACAAUGGUACUUACACAACAUCUAUCCUGGAUACCGCAGAGAAGCUCGCCGCUAA